CCCCUCCCUACUUACUAUUUACAAUGACUGCUAAGUUCUGCACUAAAUACCCAACGCUAUCCAGAUCGACUAGUCGAGACUGCGAGAAGAUGUACACACUAAGUGAGAUUCAUGAGGAAGUUGAUGACGACACAAUGGAAGCAGGAAUGCUUAGUGUACCACACCAGUCAUUCGACCGUCGCCAGCGUAGUGUGUUGAACCGAAGUGUAUCCACUCCUGUGUUCGUAUUCCCCCCGGAGAUGUCCAGCUUCAGUUCUCUUUCUCUGGACAGUGGAUUAAAAUCUCCUCGGAGUCUUUUGAAAGUGAGAUCCGAAAACAGUCUCGAUAUGAUUGCCGAAGACCCGCAAUGAGGCUGAUGAUUAGAAGAGUAUUUUGGAUUAACUACGGCGACAUUCAUAUCUACUACAUGCAAACUGGUUUGCUUCAUAUCACUGAAUCGUCAUGGAAUGACUGUGCUCCGCUCUGUGUGAGGCGGCUGCUGAGCUCUUUAUGAUGGUGCCAUCAAUUGCCACAACUGGAAUUGUGAUAUUUUUGUAGGCAGUUCAACUGCACUACCGCUGAGAAUCGCAAAUCAAAGAAGCUUCGUUCUUCUCUUUUGCUGAAGUUCCGACCCUUGUAUUGGUAUCAACCCGAGAUGUUCACUCUUUCUCACUGACUGUAUUCUAUUCAGUACUGUACACAAGAAGUAUACGUCACCGCAAUUGGUAUUCACUGCUAUGAUAGCAUGUGGACAGAAUUUAGAAAGCGGCAGUGCCGACUGCGGAGCUGCAAAUUGUGUCUUAACCCGUGUAUUGAUAUCAACCCGAGAUGUUCACUCUUUCUCACUUACUGUAUUCUAUUCAGUACUGUACACAAGAAGUAUACGUCACCGCAACUAGUAUUCACUGCUAUGAUAGCAUGUGGAUAGAAUUUAGAAAGCGGCAGUGCCG